CUCAGCCGUACAAAAAAAAAUUCCCAAAGACAGAUGCUCUCAGCUUCUCAGCCUUGCCAAAUGGAUGGACGACAUUUAAACUUUUCCCCAGCUCCCUCGCCCUCCCUGGCUAGCACAAUUCGUCGCCGCCAAAACAAUGUCUACAACGUCAGUCGCGAAUGCCACCAACCCACUACCCACCGGACGAGCGUUCGGAGGGGAUGAAUUCUCAAACAACCUAUUCUCCGAUCUGGCCCCCCUCCUUACCUUGUUCGGAGAGCAGGUCACGAAACAAUUCCUCAGCAUGAGCAUGGGAUGGGCCGAUGACGUCCUUCUCGCCAUGGGUCCGCUCGGUAUCAUGACGGUAAUUGUUAGUGCUAUCCGCGUCGGAGGUGUCAAGACGCUGAAGGCCUUUGUUGGCAGGGCAAGAGAAAGCCGAGCCAAUGCUGAGAAAGAAAUCCUUUCCUCAACAUCCAACGACGUCUGCGAACUAUGGAGUGGCCAGGAAAUCGUUCGCGAGCUUGGUAAUCCUGCAGGUAUGAAAGACGUCAUCUUGUUGAAAACCCCUGUAGGCUCGACCAGGCGCAGACUCUAUGCGCCUGCGCGAGAAAUUGAAGAGAAGUCUACACGUGUUCUCGAUAUUAAUACUGCGAUUGCCUGUGGAGUCGUGCCGGCACCAAAGAGACACGGCGUAGAUAUCGAAGACGAGGAAAUUAUCGACAUCAGCAACGGGGCACCAAACAUUGCACUCAAUGUCCGGCAUUCCACUGCUACACCGGGCGAAUUGUGGGGAUUGGCCGCGUUAGGCACGAUGUUACAACUCGGGGCAUUGGCAUUUCCCGCCCUUACUACCUAUCAUUGGGAAUGGGAGAAAGGUGGUUCCGCAAUUGCAUCGUACGGAUAUCCUUGUUUUGCGGGAGGAACCGUGGCUGUGAUAGGGGGUAUGAUCUUCUGCGGACGUGUCAUCGAAGGGAGUACGACGGAACACGAAUUCCAAGUCGUCGAACUCGCCGAAGAAAAGCAUAGCCUGAGGACUGCCUCAGGGGGGGCCGCGACCACCUCCCCUGUGCAGAUUCUGCGGCUUCAAAAGGCAUGCACCGUUAGCGAUCAGCACUUUCCAUCGUUUGCCAUUUUCAACUCCCCAGAAGAUGUGAAAAUCCGCACUUCGAGGCUGAACGACGAUUCUUACAGUCGCAUGGCAGCAUUGGCUACUUUCACAGCCGUCGUGGGGUUCGUAGUUCAAUUCGUCGGGUUACGUGCUCUACACUGGUCAGCUACGAUAGUCCAGCUCGGAGUCAUGUUGAUCAUGACGGUCAUAAGGUCAUGGGUUCGUAGAGGGCUCGCUGCAGAUCCCGUCUUUUACCCUCUGCUCGACGGCCACGAAUUGGCGUGGUUGACACUUUAUAUGCUGAGACAGGAUGACCAGCAAUGGAUUAACAAUAACAACCGAUCGGCAAAAGGCACUGUCUCGCGGAUACGCAGUUGCUUCAGUCUAUCGUCUAUUCCCUUUUCCCUCAUCAAAACAUUUCCUUUUGUCCGGUCACGAGGGACCUCGGAACAAAAGCCAAAACCCCUCUCUGAUCAGCGACUCCUGGAUAGCAUUGCUCGGUGGGAACCUGUCACUGGCUACUUCAAUAUCCAGGAGACUAUUCGAUCCAUGUCCCAAGCAAUAGAGUCUCACAGAGCUGGACGACCUGUGAUCGAUGUUCUCGAAACGGAGAUUACACGUCUACACCGAAUAUUUCCGAGAGAUUUAAGUAGGAUCUCAUUCUUCGAACCCGAGUUACAUGGGAUAUCGGUCUUUCCACCACUCGAAACGUACCGCGACCUACAAAACCUCAUGCCUGCUUCGGAACAUGUAAUGGACACUGCAAAUGCCUUGGCCCAGGCUAUGGAACGUACUCUAGCCUUCUUUGCAACAAAUCUGCAUGUGCUGUGGAAAGAAGAUGGAGACUUGUUCCUUCCGCGUGCAAACCCGUGGGACUCGCCAAAAAUGACCAUUAAUAUCGAUGUGCUUCGCGGACCAUACAAGGAAUACGCGAAGCUGCGCCGCGAGAAUGUUUUGAUUGAAUUAUUGCGCCAGAAUUUUGACCCUACGGAUAAGGAAAAAAAAGGCCAGGCUCGAUUUGCUUCUUGGAGGACUGAACGGGAGACACUGGCGAGCUUUCUGUCACUUUGGCUCUUUGCCCUAGAGAUCCGCCGGACUGCCGCGCUCAAGACGACCUCCGCCCUACGGCCCCUCAUCCAGCGGGAGCUCGUAUUCCCUGUCACGUUAAUAAGCCGUAGCAAUCAGUACUUUCGCGUUAUAUGCCCUGACGCUGGUCGGAGGGGUGGUCGCACCACGAAUACCACCCACCAGCAAACCAUUCAGGCAUGGCUUCAAGAUGAAGUUGAACAGAUCCCUUUUCUCUACGGGAACCAUAGUGAUUAUGUGGCGAAGGAAAUGAGCAUGGCACCUGGCAACACGUGGCUGGCAUGGGGUGUACAAUUCUCUACACCUGGGAGGGUGCCCUUUGGGCCGGAACGAGUAUAUGAGGGGGACAAUUGGGAACCCGGGCAUGAUUUGAGCGACCUCGCCGUUCGUACCCGCGCUAAUUCGACGCUCCUGGCUGGUUGUGCCCUGGAGAUUUUCUCCUAUUUCUUUGAAGCCAUCGCACGUCGAAUCGAGAGGUUGGGGGGCACCACGCAAAUCAGUCUACCAGCGCGAGAAAACCUUCCAAGGAUGGAAAUGAUGGAUAUGCCUUCUCCUGUAUUGAGCACGGCUGCAGACGGGGGGCAAUGGUCGAAUUCUGUUAUCGAUGCCGUUGCAACCAUAUGCGUUGCAACAGGCAUUGCUCAGGAUACUGGCGAGGCGCUCACCGUCAUCCUGCCAGGUAUCAUCAAGCAUGACCUUCUGCCCACGGAGCCGCACGGGGUAGAGUUCGAGCUCCUUCGACGUGACGAGUCUGAAACGGAUUCCAAUGACGAUAACAGUCUCGCCUCAAUUCCAUCAAGGGUAACAGCAUCGUCUCGUGAUACACCUAGCACCGCUGGUUCUAAUACGUAGGACCGCAACGACUAAGGAUUCAAAAAAAAUCUGCACUCAAAUCAGAAAAGGAAGCGUUGUCUUCAUAGUGAACUCAGUCCCAGUGUAGCUCCAAUCUACU